AUGUCCACUUCUCCCCUCAAGUCUAGUGUCAGCAAUACGAGAUCUCUCACUGACGAAAGAAAAAAGUUAUUGCACAAUUCAUCACCUUCAACUGCUCAGGACAUAGAUGCGCCUACUAGGAAAAGACCUCGAAGUUUGAAGCAGACGCAUUUUGCAACAACCAUGCGAAAAACGGUCUGCUCGGAAUGUCAGAUGUCAUAUAUGCAGCACUUGAAAUCCGAUCGCCAAUUGCAUGAAAAGUAUCAUCAGCGCGCUGUCGAAGGCAUGGAGCUUGGCCCAACAAUUACCUUGGUUUGGAGCUCGAUUGAACACCAUCAAUUAAAAUCUGGAGUUGAUGGGAAGAUAGUGGAGGUCAACAUUGAGUCGUCCAAACAGAUUUCUGUUGCCGAAGAAUUUCUUGAUAUUGUGAACAACAUCUUGAGUGCGCCCCAAGAUAAUAGAGACUGGUCCUUUGACCCGAAUAGAGGCAAGGUGUUCUUGUUUGUGAUUAGAAGUAAGGCCGUCGGGAUUUGUUCGACUGAACGAAUCUCCGAGGGAAAAUGGAUGGUCUAUGACACUGGACAACUAGUACCAAAACAGAGAAUACCUUUGAUUAUAGGGAUUUCGCGAAUAUACGUGAGUCACAAAUACAGAAGAAUGGGUAUAGGGCUUCGUCUUUUAGUUGCCGUUCAACACCAUAGUAUCUAUGGUUUGACGCUAGCAAGAAAUCAAAUUGGCUGGAGUCAGCCUAGCGAGUUUGGAGGCAAACUGGCUCUUUCAUUCAACGGUGUGAAGCACAAAUCGGGUAAGAUGCUUAUACCAAUCUAUGAGGAACGAUAA